AUGGGACAAUCAUGGUCAACAGAGUCUUCAGAGGAUGGGCAAUUGGGGAAUGCCACUAUCAGCCAAUUACAGAGGUCAGAGGUUGACAGGCUGUUUGUUAAGGCUUGCGUCUCGACCCUCCUACCUAUCGAGCUGGUUUCGUUAAAGCAACAAAUGGCUCUUGAUGAGCUUCAUGGAAACGAAAUCAUUACUGGCGACCAAUUGUUUGCGCUAUUAGCAUCUCCACCAAAUCUACCUGUCAAAGGCGUUUUGUUCAGGUGCAUACAGUUUCUUGGUAAGUUCCCCUUCCUCGGCGCGUGGGAAGACAGCGCAGAUAUUACAACAGGUGAAAUGAUCAAGGCAAUUGUGUUAUUCAGUCCGGAAAGAAGAAAUAAGCUGUUUAAUGAUGGAUUUGAUUUCUUAAAGCUUUUGUUUCUGGCAGUGGCAGCAACGGGUCCGUCCUUCACAGAGAAGGCUGAAAAGGCUGAGAAGAAAGACCAGACACAGGCUAAGUCAGCCGUGAAAGUGGUUUCGAAAGCCAAUACGGUGCUGUGGUCUAAGAUGCCAAUUGUCCAGACAAGUGACGGUUUUGAUUUUGAAAAGCUUGCUGUUUCGGCCCAGGAUCUGGUUUCUCUUCUCACUUUUGUGCUUGUAAUUUCCGAGAUUACGAUUCCAGGAAAGUCCCAUUUUAGACUGUCUGAGUUUGAUACAGCAUUUUCAAAUUGGGGCCUUUACGAGAAAAGAGCCAUGAUACUGUUGCGAUCGUUUUUACCGUCGGCGACGAGGUCUAAGACACAGGGAUCAGUCAAUUUUGCCCUUUUCGAAAGGAUCGUGACCGGAACCAUGCCUGAGGUGUUCAGCCCCCUAAGCUCAUUUAUGGAUUCGCUACUUUUUGUGAACCCACCUGGACCUGAAUCGGGAAUGAUUCAACAGGAGAAUACCAAAGUGAUAACACCAUAUACCCUUUCACAACUGGCUACGUUCCUCCCGGCAGAGCUCGUGUAUGGCAGGAUGAAGAAGCUUUAUGUGGCAUCCGAGGCUGGAUUUUCCAUGAGAUCAUUCCAGUCCAAAGUUUUCAAGUGGAAUGCACCAACCAUCCUAUUUGUAUCUGGGUUCCGUGUUAGAGAAACAAAAAACAAGCGUUACGAACAGUUUAAAGAGCAUUUCCCCAACUUUCGGAAGACGAAUCCAGAUGCAGAUACCACAUAUCCAAACGAUAAUGAUGAUGGUGAGAAGCUCACUUUUGGAGCAUAUAUUGCCCAGCCUUGGAAGAUCUCGAAUAAAGACUGUUUUGGUGAUUCUGGCAGCAUGCUGUUUCAGAUUUCACCUCACCAGUCCAUCUUCAAAGCCCGCAAAAUAGACCAGCACUACGCGUACUUCAACACGAAUGGAGGAGGAAUUGGAUUUGGAAACGACCAGCCUUUAUUAAAGAGCAACACGAAGAGAUACCAACCAGGAAAUGUGUCGUUAACCAUUGAUUCGAGUCUGGAGUUUGCCGUAUUCAGACAUCUGGGGAGAGGUGGAACCUACCAAGAAGGGAGCAUAUAUGGGGAAGAACAGGCACCAGAGUACGAAGAUCGAUUUUCUGUUACUGAUCUGGAGGUAUGGGGAUGCGGGACAGAGAAGGACCUGGCUGAGCAGGCUAAGCAAUGGGAGUGGGAACAGAAGGAAGCCCUUGCUCGUCAAAGAGUCAAUGUCAAAAACUUGGGAGAAGAAAGAGCUUUCCUAGAGAUGGCAGGACUAGUUGGUGGCCAUGGUGCAAGUGGUGGUAGUAUGUGA